AUGCACGCCACGACAUGGAUGAUCCUGGAAGACAUGCUGAGCGAAAUAAAUCUGUCCCAAAAGGAUAAGUACUGUGUGAAACAAGCAAGUACAGAGAGACCAGAGGAGGAGGGAAGUGCUCUGAGCGCCUUCGUGCUGAGUAACCUGGCGGAGGUGGUGGAGCGCGUCCUGACCUUCCUCCCCGCCAAGGCGUUGCUGCGGGUGGCCGGCGUGUGCCGCCUCUGGAGGGAGUGUGUGCGCCGCGUGCUGCGGGCCCACCGCAGUGUGACCUGGAUCUCCGCGGGCCCGGCGGAGGGCAGCCACCUGGAGGGCCACUGCUUGGUCCGAGCGCUGGCGGAGGAGCUGGAGAAUGUUCGCAUCUUACCCCAGACAGUCCUUUACAUGGCUGACUCCGAAACGUUUAUUAGUCUGGAAGAGUGCCGUGGUCACAAGAGAGCAAGGAAAAGAACUAAUAUGGAAACAGCAUUUGCUCUUGAGAAGCUAUUUCCCAAACAGUGCCAAGUCCUUGGGAUUGUGACCCCAGGAAUCAUAGUGACUCCCAUGGGGCCGGGCAGUAAUCGGCCUCAGGAAAUAGAAAUUGGAGAAGCUGGCUUUGCCCUUCUAUUCCCUCAAAUUGAAGGAGUAAAAAUACAGCCCUUUCAUUUUAUUAAGGAUCCAAAGAAGAUAACACUAGACCGACGACAGCUCACUGAAGUGGGUCUCUUAGAUAACCCUGAACUUCGUGUGGUCCUUGUGUUUGGCUACAAUUGCUGUAAGGUGGGAGCCAGCAAUUACCUGCAUCGAGUGGUCAGCACUUUCAGCGAUAUGAAUAUCAUCCUGGCGGGCGGCCAGGUGGACAACCUGUCAUCACUAACUUCUGAAAAGAACCCUCUGGACAUCGAUGCCACUGGCGUCGUUGGGCUGUCGUUCAGCGGGCACCGCAUCCAGAGUGCCACGGUGCUCCUGAGCGAGGAUGUCAACGACGAGAAGACCGCCGAGGCGGCGCUGCAGCGGCUGAAGGCGGCCCACAUCCCGGAGCAGAACACCUUCGGCUUCAUGUUUGCGUGCGUGGGCCGGGGCUUCCAGUACUACCGCGCCAAGGGCAACGUGGAGGCCGAUGCCUUCCGAAAGCUCUUCCCCAGCGUGCCCUUGUUCGGCUUCUUUGGAAAUGGGGAGAUUGGGUGUGACCGCGUCGUCACAGGGAACUUCACACUGAGGAAGUGCGGCGAGGUCAAGGAUGAUGACCUGUUCCACAGCUACACCACAAUCAUGACCCUCAUCCACCUCGGGACAGCGAAAUAAAGCCACUGUGCAGUGGCUCUCCUGAUGUGGUGGGGGCGCUGCCUUGUCUGGAACCGGGUCAGAAUAUGUGCGUUUCCAACAAAAGACCUUUCGAAGACAUUUCUGUUUCAUAGUGUUGACUGACAAUGUCAAGAUCACACUGGGCUACUUUUUGAGGGAGCCGGGCAAGCAAGCUUUGGGUGUCACAGAACAGAGAGUGAGAAUCGAGAGCUUUGCAUCAGACACGGGCGCUGGUUCUGCUGCGCCAGA